AUGGACGUCUUCAACAUCACCGACCUCAUCCUCACCGAUGAUAAUAAAACCAUUGAAAAUACUACUAACGUCGAAAUCUGGAAUGAACUGUCCAAGAUUUCCCGAAGUCGAGGAGCAUUAGGUUCGGUGUUGUUGAUGUUUUCCAUCAUGACUGUCUUCGGCAAUAGUUUGGUCAUCGCCGCUGUCAUAAGAGAGAGGUACCUCCACACUGCUACUAAUUACUUCGUCACUUCUUUGGCACUAGCAGAUUGUCUUGUUGGUCUGGUUGUCAUGCCUUUCUCCGCUAUUUAUGAAGUUCUCCAGCACAAUUGGUACUUCGGAUCUAACUGGUGUGACACUUGGAGAUCUCUCGAUGUACUGUUCAGCACUGCGUCUAUUCUCAACCUCUGUGUCAUUUCUCUUGACAGGUACUGGGCUAUCACUGAUCCUUUCCUCUACCCUUCUCGAAUGAGCAGACAAAGAGCUACUCUUCUCAUUGCCGGUAUUUGGAUCUGUUCUGGCGCUAUUUCUUUCCCAGCUAUACUUUGGUGGCGAGCAGUUAGAGAAGGUACCCCGAGGAACAAAUGUCCCUUUACUGACAAUCUUGGUUAUCUCAUAUUCUCUUCUACUAUUUCAUUUUACCUCCCUCUUUUUGUGAUGGUAUUUACUUAUUACAAGAUCUAUAGAGCUGCUGUCAUUCAAACUCGCUCCUUGAAACAUGGAUCGAAACAAGUUAUGAUGACAAGGGGUGAAAUUGAGCUUACUUUGAGAAUCCAUCGUGGAAGAAGCUAUGUCUAUGAAAGCCCUUCCCUCUCCGAUGAAAUUGAUUAUUCCAUUCCUCAGAACGGUGGUCCCAAAUCUAUUCAGCAAGGUCGGCAUGUCAGUAAGAAUUUUUCUCUCAGCAGAAAACUCUCUAAAUUCGCUAAAGAAAAGAAAGCUGCUAAGACUCUUGGAAUUGUCAUGGGAGUUUUCAUAAUCUGCUGGUUACCAUUUUUUGUUGUCAAUCUGCUCACAGGAUUCUGCUCUAACUGCAUUGCUGAAGAAGAACUGGUGUCCGCUAUCGUCACCUGGCUCGGAUGGAUAAACUCCGGAAUGAAUCCCAUCAUCUACGUCUGCUGGAGCAAAGAUUUCAGAAGGUGA